GUUAUUGUGAUUUACUUGCUACUUGUCCAUUCUUCGUCUUCGCCACCGCCGUUCGCUACCCACUUUACUGUACCUACUACGGUACCUACCUAACAUACAGACAUAAAAUAUCCCGUAACAUAAAAACAUCAACACACAAUACAUAAUAAUUAAAUAUGGAACUCGGCUGCUCAGUAGUCACGCCGCUCUCCCCGCACCCGCACACGCAUACCGUCGUGUUCCUGCACGGGCGCGGCGAUACCUCGCAGAACAUGGCCGACGCGCUAUUACGCUGGACCCGGGACUCGCGCGGUCGCCCCCUCGUCGAUGCGUUCCCGUCGGUGCGAUGGGUGUUUCCGCAGGCGGAACCUAGGCUUGCGGAGACGCUGGGCGAGGUCUGGCCGCAAUGGUUCGAUAUCUGGAAUACCCUGGAUAUGACGGAUCGCGAGGAUUUGCAGGCUUUUGGGUUGAGGGGGAGUGUUGCUAGUAUUGCGAAGAUUGUUCGGAGGGAGGCUAGGUCCGUGGGCGGGAUGCAUAGGGUUGUGCUUGCGGGCGUUAGUCAGGGGGGUGCUACGGCUGUGCAUACGUUGUUGCAUUUGGAUGGGAAGCCGGAGGGGGGCGAGGUUGAGGAGAUUGAGGAUGAGACGGCGGCGCCUCCGCCGAAGAAGUUGUGCGCGUUGAUGGUAUUUUCGAGUUGGUUGCCGUUUCCUGGUGGGUCGUUGGAUGAGACGAGGGAAGUGCUGGGGUUGGAGUUGUUGGCGCCGAGGAGGGAACCGAGUGAAGGUGCUGAAGAGGGUGAGGUUGAUAACCAAGAUGAGGUGGUGAAGAACACACCGGCUUUCUUAGGGCAUAACUCCGAUGAUCCCUUAGUGUUUGUCGAGUUCGGGCGUCAGCUAAGAGAUGGGUUGAAGAGCUUCGGUAUGGAUGUUCAAUGGCGCGAGUAUAACAAAGGCGGCCAUUGGAUUAACGUCCCCGACGGCGUGAAUGAUGCUAUCGAGUUUCUUAUAGCGCAAGGUGUACCUGUUGCGAAGUGAUGCAUCCUUUUUCUUUUGAUGAGUUGGGCAAAGCAUUAUACGGCAUUAGUAUUGCUACGAGAACAUUGAACUUGGGAGACUGGGUUAGGAAUUUUGUUGCAUCUGCAUGCUCGCUCGUUUACCCAUUGGGUCUUUAUCACGAGCCUGGAUACCGCAUUACCAUGAGUUAUGAUACCUCUAGUCGAAUGCAUUUAUAGAAUAGCUAACAAGCUACUUUGGUAUGGGAUGUAUGAAAUAUAGAUCGAGGUCCGUCUCGAAAACACCAUUUUGUACGUUAGGGAAACGUUUAUUGAAGCUUCUAUGAGCCUCGUCAGUGCUCAAUUAUGAUUCUUACUAUUUUGCCAUACGCAGCCACCAGAUAUAUUUAUGAUUCUUUUCUCUUCCUCUUCUCUUUUUCUUUUCCUCUCCUGUUUAUUUAUACCAAUUAAAAGAAGUCCAAUUGAAUAAAAAUUCUUGGG